CUCCCCCAGCCUGCUGCCUCCUCGGUGAAAUAAACAAGACGAUGUUGUCAAUUACGAUGUUCGCCAUGCAACAGCAUUAAAAGUACACCACUGUAUACAACAGGGGACGCUGGAUAUUGAGUAUAACAGAUAUUUUGAGAAGCAGUUUGUUGAGUUGUUGGAUCGGGACUAACACCGUUUUCACAAGCUAAGAGUGAUGCCUCUGCUGUUUCUGGAGAGGUUUCCCUGGCCCAGCCUGCAGACGUACACAGCACUGAGUGUGGCUUUGCUUGCUGGCAGCAUCUUCAGCGCCUACACUACUGUGACUGACCCUGGAUUUGGGGCCCUGGAAACUGAUGACACACCAGCCCCCUCUGAAGUGGACCUUGAACAUCUAAACAAUGAUAUUAGUAACACAGAAUUGGCAACCACUGUUUUGUGGUACUUGGUCACUGACAGUCUUUUUGUAUGGGUGUUAGUCAACACCUUCUGCUGCUCGUUGAUGCUGAUCGCUAAAAUGAUUCAGUAUGUGGUGUUUGGCCCACUUAGAGUCAGUGAGAAGCAGCACCUAAAAGAUAAGUUUUGGAACUUCAUAUUCUACAAAUUCAUUUUCAUCUUUGGCGUACUGAACGUACAGACAGUGGAGGAGGUGGUCAUGUGGUGUUUGUGGUUCUCUGCCCUGGUCUUUCUUCACCUCAUGGUGCAGCUCUGCAAGGACAGAUUUGAAUAUCUGUCAUUCUCCCCCUCCACUCCCAUGAACAGUCAUGUGCGAGUGCUGUGUCUGCUGGUUUCCCUGCUACUGGACUGCUGUGGCCUGGCUGUGGUUUGUGGUCUGCUGGGAGCUUCUCAUGGCAUGCACACUCUCUCCUUUAUGGCAGCCGAGUGUCUGCUGGUGACUGUACGCACAGGGCAUGUCAUUAUGCGGUACUCCAUCCAUCUGUGGGAUCUGAACCACCCAGGGACAUGGGAGAGUAAGGGAACCUAUGUCUACUACACAGACUUCAUCAUGGAACUGGCUAUGCUCUUUUUGGAUCUCAUGCACCAUAUCCACAUGCUGCUUUUUGGUAACAUCUGGCUGUCCAUGGCAAGCUUGGUCAUCUUCAUGCAGUUGCGGUAUCUCUUUCAUGAGGUCCAACGCCGCGUCCGCAGACACAAGAACUACCUUCGUGUCAUCAACAACAUGGAAGCCAGAUUUGCUGUUGCUACUGCAGAGGAAUUGGCAGCUAAUGAUGAUGAUUGUGCCAUCUGUUGGGAUACCAUGUUGACAGCACGCAAACUUCCCUGCGGUCACCUCUUCCACAACUCUUGUUUGCGCUCCUGGCUAGAGCAGGACACCUCCUGUCCCACAUGUCGUACAUCCCUGAACAUCAGUGGGGACAGCAGCAGCCAGACGAGAGGCCAGCAGCAGGGUGGGGGCUUGGAAGACAACAUUGGUCCUGUAGGAGCUGCUGCUGAUGCUAGACCACAUAUCAACCAACACAACCAUUUCUUCCACUUUGAUGGAUCCCGUAUUGCCAGCUGGCUGCCCAGCUUCUCAGUGGAAGUGAUGCAUACUACCAAUAUCUUAGGGAUCGCUCAAGCCAACAACUCUCAGCUCAUGGCCAUGGCCCAUCAGAUCCAGGAGAUGUUCCCACAGGUGCCCUCCUACCUGGUAAUGCAGGACCUGCAGCUGACCCGCUCUGUGGAGGUCACCACUGACAACAUCCUGGAGGGACGCAUCCAGGUGCCUUUCCCUACACAGGCAAUUGAGCGCUCCCCUUUACAGGGGGCCGCUGGACCAGAGGGAGAGCAGGCAGGGCCCAGUGGAGCAGCUGAGGAAAGCCUCGGUGAGCCAGACAACAUGGAGGUCAGAGGUGGUCGUUUCUCUAAGUCGGCUGAGGAGAGGCAGAAGAUGUUAAAGCAGAGGAAAGAGGAAAUGAUCCAGCAUGCACGCAGGAGAUAUCUAAACAAGAGUCCAGAGGAUCAGGAUGAGGAUUUGCCUGGACUGGAGGAGGACAUGGUCCCAGAAUUAGACUCUACUGUGCUGAGACGUAGAACCAUGGCAGCAGCUGCAGAGAGACGCUUGCAACAAGACCCUGCACCCUGAUACACAGAUUGGCAUUAGCAAAAGAGUCUACCAUGUCAUCUUCCCAAGAGGCACGACAGAGAUUUUUAAAUCUUCCCCCAUUUGGUGUACAGUCAGUGGUCAUCACCUAUUCAAAACAAUAAUUAAAACACAUCGCAAACAUGGCCUUGGACUGUUUUGGGCUGCCUAAAUAAUAAGAUGGAGCAAUUGUGAACGUUCUCUGCAUUACUGAUUCCAGCCUGACUACCUGGAGCAUUACAUAAAUCAAUGAGUGCAAGUCAAGAAAUGCAAGGUUGCAGUGCCCUCUAUUUACGUGCCACACAUUGCAACCACCAGCUUCAGUAGAGAGUAAGCAAUGAUAAGGACUGGCUGUCAAAAAUGAGCAUGCUUUGCAUUCAUAAGAUUCAAGUCUUUUAUCAGAGGGGUUUAAAGUUUUCGCUGUUAGUAAAGUUAUUUUGCGUCCUUAUUUGUUUUUCCUUUUAUGUGACUUUUUUUUCCAUUUGUUUUACUUGUGGGGGGAAGCUCUUUCUUGUGGAUGGAGAAACUCAUCUGAUGUAUUUGUGUUUUAUUAUUUUAUGAGUUUCAACUGUGAAUUAAGCAUAGGCAAAAUGACAACACAUUUUUACUUCUUACAUUGGAGUAAGAGAACGUCACUUUAGUAUUGUUUUCAGCCUUUCUGUCAAACAUGAAUGUUCGAUCAAAAUAAUGCUGCAAACAAAGUGUUUUUGACCCAUGUGGGUGCUGUAUUUAUGUAAUAUCACCCAUGGCAAACAGUUAGCAUUUUGUUAUUUAACAAGGGGGGUGGGCAUGUACAUUUUUGUUCUCUAAUAAUGUUCCCUUGAGAUGUGAGGGCAACAAAGGGGACGUAUUAUGUUCUGUUCAAGUACAAUGGGUCUCAUCCUCUCAGUCUUUUCUUAAAUUACCCUCUGCUCAUGAGCACUUCUUUCUGAAUAAGAAAACAUUGUUUUCUACUGGGAAUACAUUAGUAUUGGAGUCCUAGGUCAUCAGUUUCCAACAUUUACAAAUGUUUAGGGUUUAUAGAAAUAGUUACAUUUGCGGCAGCUGGACUCACUGGACUGUCUUUGCCACUCAUUCCAGUAGUAGUGAUGAAACGUCUGGCAUGAGAAGCAAAACAUUGUCAAGUAUUAACAUUGAAUCCAGUUGCUUUCGACAUAAUACUUCUAUAUAUUCUUUGAACUGGAUGACUGAGAAUCUUAAUGGAGAAUUUUUUUGGGUUUUUUUGUGCGGCCUUUUUCUGCUCACAUUGAGGAGUUCUAAUUGAAAAAUCAUACCAGUGAGGAACAUAAUCAUUCUCUGCUCAAAGAUCUUAUUUCAAUAAUGUACGGCAAUGUGCAGCAUUGACCCGGCCUAUGAAGUUUUUUGGGGGGUAUACAAAUUUCACUGAAUCUGUAGCUGGUUGAGACAUAUCAACGGACACAAAGAUGGAGACUGUAUUAUAAGUGUUUGAUUUCUUGUGAUUACAGUGCAAGGAGAGAUGUGCAUGAAUCUAGCAAGUGCUUUUGUAUCCUUUCACUUUAUCCCAAAGAACAGCCCACAAACUUCCACUCAAAGCUGAAGUGUUGUGAUCUUUACUGUGUGUUACUUUAAUGCUCAAACUUUGUUUGGGGGUGUUGUAAGAAGAUACAAUAUAGGAUUUAGAUUUCAAUUAGUCAAAAUGUAAAAAGAGAAAUCCGACAGUUUUCAUUCUCAGUUUGACAUUCAGUUAUUUAACAACGUUUAAAAUCCAUGAUAUAUUUUCAUAUUCAUGGCUUAUCUUUCAUAACCAUUAUUUAAUCAAAACUGAAAAACUUUUUGGACUGAGCUUUCCUGUAUUUUGUGCCUAAAUCAAGAAUGGUUCAGUUAUGGAUAAUUUCUGUAAAUCUAGUUUUUGUAAAAUAUGUUAAUACAAAAGACUCACUCAAUAAACAGAGCUUCUACAGCUUUUUAACAAAACAC